CGCUCGGUCUCCUCCCUUUUAACACAAAACCUCUGCAUAAACCCUCCAAAAAAACUCCACCUUUCUUCAGCAGCCAUGGCCGAACAACAACACUCCCAACUCUCAUCUCUCCGUGCUCUCGAGCUCCGUCUCCUUCGUUGCUCUCUUCCACCCUCAACCCCACCCCCACCCCCUCAUCAACCCCUACCCAUCCCUUAUUUAUCUCACCUCCACACCCUCAUUGAACAAAUUCUCGAAUUAAUCGAAUCGAGUGAAUACACAAAAGCACUAUCUUCCCCUGGUGCUAAAUCAAUUUUCUCCUCACAACCUUUAAUUCAUAAUCAGCUCAAUGAUUCUUCAGAAAAAGCUGAGUUGUUUUACUCAGAAUUUGUGCCCCAAUGUGUGACUUUGUUUCUAAAUACAGAAGAUGGGGUUGAAAAUAAUUCUGUUUUUAAUAGCUACGUGAAGAAGUUGUAUAAAGCAGUUCUUGUGAUGGCAGUUGCUGUUGCAGCUCUUCUUGCUUUUACUCAGUCUAACAUUACUGGGCCAAUGAUGAAGUUGCCGCCAAUGCCGUUAGGUGCAAUAACUUUUGGUGAAGAAGAGUUGACCAAUGGUUCCAGUGGUUGGUUAGAAUGGGAAGCGUGGGCACAAAAGGAGUUAAUGUCAGCUGGUUCUGACUUGCGCGCCAAAUUUUUGAAUCUGCAGUAUAUAACCUUUGCCAAGAUACUGCUUAUGAGGACGAAAGAUAUUUUGUCAGAAGGAAACGACUCGGGGAUGGAUGGAGCCAGAAGCAUCUCAUGGUGGUUAGCUAGGCUGUUAAUCAUUCAACAGAAGUUGUUAGAUGAUCGCUCAUCUUCUUUGUUUGACCUAUUGCAAGUAUUCACGCGUGAAAGUUUGCAACAUAUUGGUUCUCUGGAGAAAGUAAAAGAUUAUUGGGCUUCUCUGAUAUCAGAAGAGGAUGUUUUGACUAUUGUAUCUAUGCUUCAUUUGGAGGCAGGAAUAAUGGAACUUACCUAUGGACGAGUUGAUGCUUCAAGGGUGCAUAUUGAAUCAGCUGCAGCAACAUCCAGACUUAAUUUUUCGCUAAGUGGGGCUCUGGGCUUCCGUACGGUACAUCAGGCGGAACCAAAAGCACAACUCCUCCUUGUGGGUAGCGUGGAUGCCGGUGAUGGUAGUGCUUCGCUUGGAAAUGAGUUCCAAAAUAAGGUUUCUACCAGUGUUGAAAAUGCUGUUCCUCAACAUCUCAGUGAAACUCAUGAAACAUCAGACAUAUUGAUGACCCCCAGAUUCUUGGGAGAUGAUAAAAGUUCCGAAAACAGUGCACAAGGUGCUCAAAAUCACAGUAUAGCGUCUAUGCAGUUAAAGCCUACUCAGCAAGCAGUAAUUUUAGCACAAUGUCUUUCUAUUGAGAAGAGAGCUCGGGGUGAUGAAUUGCAAAGGUGGGAGAUGGCUCCUUAUAUUGAGGCAAUUGAUUCCCAGAAGUCAUCACUUUUUACGCUACAACAUUUGUGCGAUAUAUUACGCAUUCGAUGGGAAUCAACUCGUAGUCGUACGAAGCAGCGCGCAUUACUUAUGAUGGAUAAACUGGUUCAGGGAAUAUGUGAUCCUUCCCCUGGAGCUACACAAAGGAUGCAUUGUUGUUUUGGAGUUAAUAUCCCUACAAUUCCUGCAUUGCGCAAGGAGUAUGCAGAUCUACUAGUGAGCUGUGGUUUGAUAGGAGAAGCUGUUAAAGUAUAUGAGGAGCUUGAGCUUUGGGAUAACUUAAUAUACUGUUAUAGGCUAAUGGAGAAGAAAGCGGCAGCUGUUGAACUGAUCAAAUCUCAGUUAUCCGAAAGACCAUGUGACCCUAGAUUAUGGUGUUCCCUUGGAGAUGUUACAAAUGAUGACAAAUGCUAUGAGAAAGCCCAGGAAGUGUCAGGGAAUAAGUCUGCUCGAGCACAGCGUUCUCUUGCCCGUAAUGCAUACAACAGGGGGGAGUACGAGAAAUCAAAAGAUCUAUGGGAAUCUGCAAUGGCAAUGAAUUCUAUGUAUCCAGAUGGAUGGUUUGCACUUGGUGCUGCUGCUUUAAAGGCUAGAGAUGUUGAGAAGGCACUGGAUGGGUUUACACGUGCUGUUCAGCUUGAUCCUGAAAAUGGAGAGGCUUGGAAUAAUAUUGCUUGCUUGCAUAUGGUUAAGAAGAAAAACAAGGAAGCUUUCAUUGCAUUUAAGGAAGCCUUGAAGCUGAAACGAGACAGCUGGCAGAUGUGGGAAAAUUUUAGCCAUGUUGCUGCAAAUAUUGGAAAUUUCAGUCAGGCACUGGAAGCAGUUACAAAGGUGCUGGAUAUGACAAAUAAGAAGAGAAUUGAUAUCGAAUUACUUGAGAGGAUGUUGCAAGAGCUAGAAUUACGGACUUCGACUAGGGAUUCUGAAUUGCAUGCUUUGAGGGAUAGCACCGGUUCUGCUGAGGCUGGCUCGAAUAUGAUUAAUGCUGAUCCAUCGACCCGGUCAGACGUAGAUUUGGCAAGAGAACGCGAAACUGAGUACUUGAUUCAGUCAGUGGGGAAAAUCCUACGGCAGAUUGUUCAAACUGGUGGGAAUGCUGAGAUUUGGGGCCUCUAUGCCAGGUGGCAUAAACUCAAAGGAGAUCUUGCAAUGUGUUCAGAGGCCCUUCUUAAGCAAGUCAGAUCAUACCAGGGAUCUGACUUAUGGAAGGAUAAAGACCGGUUUGCAAAGUUUGCACGUGCCUCGUUAGAACUCUGUAAGGUUUACCAGGAAAUAGCUCGACGUAAUGGUAGCCGUAGGGAGUUAUCUGCAGCGGAGAUGCACUUAAAAAGCACAAUCAAGCAGGCCGAGGCUUUUUCUGACACCAAAGAGUAUCAAGAUAUCUUGGCAUGCUUUGAUGAGGUGAAGGCAGCACAAACCGCCUCAAUUGCUGUGGCAUAAGGCACUGAUCAAAUGCUUUCUGCCGAGUCAUUUCUUCAAAGGGGUGAAGUCAACAUAUCCUUAACAAACAUAUUGGCUGGUACACCACGUUUUGUCCAAAGAUAAAUAAAUCAGUUCUUGGAAGUAAUUUUUUUUCCCAAGGGAUUUUGUUCCAAAAUUUCGCACCUCUUCAUUUUCCAGGGGAAAAGGUGUCUGUACUUAAAAGGGCAUAGAAUUGAUUUUAUGUUUAAAAUUGCUCGGUGGGAAUGCAGGAUUAGAUGGUGAUGAAUUAUAACACUCAACUACUGGCAGUGAAGAAAUGCAAGGUAUAAUUGAGACAUCUGCAGACUUUGAUCCAUGUGUAAGAUAUGUAAUUUAUUCUAUGUCAAUGUCGCUUCAGAUAGUAUGGAAAUUUGUUGUAAUUUUGGUUUUGGUAAAUAUUAUGAGGAUUUCUAUCUCACUUCAGAAUCUGUGAUGUUGUUCAAUGUAAGUUGCAGUUGUGGCCCCUUUUGGAGAAAAUAUUUAUUAUUUUAGGUGUU